AUGUCAUCAAGUUCUAAUUUUGAAGCUUCCAAUCUUCUUGAAGACAAUGAAUGGGAAGAAAAAAUUGUUGAACAAAAUCAGCAACUCGAUCAACUAAUCGAGGAUAUAGCUAUUUGGCCAACAACCUUGCCUUCACAACCUACAACCCAGACGGUUAGAGCUAAAAUGAGAUACAUUGAAAGGAAACGCAUAGAGGUUCAUGAUACUAUUUUCGAGCAGUACUUUGCUGAAGAUCCAAUCUAUCCUCCAGAUUUGUUUCGAACAAGGUAUCGCAUGCGAAAACCUUUGUUCGAAAAAAUAAUGAACAAGCUCGUCGAUACAGACAACUUUUUUGUGCCAAAGCGUGAUGCUACUGGUCAUGGGCGGAGAUACGCCCCUGCUACUGGUCGGCUUAGUAUGUCUACAAUUCAGAAAUGUAUAGCAGCGAUGAGGAUGUUGGCCUACGAGGCGGCGGCCGACUUGCACGACGAAUAUUUGAGAAUGAGCGCACAACUCAUUCGCAAAUCUCUCAUCAAGUUCGUUGAAUGUGUAAUUUCUAACUUCGGCGAUGAGUACUUGCGAAAGUCCAACAAAGAAUUGGCAAGACUUCUGCAUAUUGGAAAACAACGUGGGUUUCUAGGCAUGUUGGGUAGUAUUGACUGCAUGCAUUGGGAAUGGAAGAAUUGUCCCACUUCAUGGGCUGGACAAUAUGCCAAAAGAAGCGGGAGUCCGACAAUCAUCUUGGAAGCAAUAGCAUCUCAAGAUCUGUGGAUCUGGCCUGCUUUUAUUGGAACUCCAGGUUUGAGAAAUGAUACUAAUGUGUUUGAUCAAUCUCCUGUUUUUGAUGAUAUUUUGGAAGGUCGAGCACCGAAGGUGUAA